UUAUCAGAAUACAAAAUGGUAAUUAUAGAUAAGCUAACAGGUGAGUUUGUAACAGAGCGUUGGACUCAAAAUGGGCCAAAUCUGGCCUAUUGGGCUUUUUGUUUCGAAAAUUAUCAAAGCAACGCAAGAGAGAGAGAGAGAGACCUAACUCAGUACCGGCCGAACGAAAUCGAGAGUAAAGCGAGAGAGCGUGACGGCGAGGAAGAAGAAGAGAGAAUGUGGUUCACCGGCGGCGGAGGAGGAGUAGGAGGACUGAGGAAGCUCUGUAGGGCCUCGGCGACAGUUCUGGAGAAGGAGAUGAGCUGUAACUCUCUGCUAGUGAGACACAUGUCGAGAGAGCGAGCUGUGAACGUAAGGAAGAUAAACCCAAAGGUCUCGAUCCAAGAAGCUCACAUCAUCUCCAGCUCUCUCUACGAUGUCUUCAAGAAACACGGACCUCUCUCCGUCCCCAACACUUGGCUCCGCGCUCAGGAAGCUGGGGUAAGUGGAUUGAACAGCAAGACUCAUAUGAAGCUGAUGCUGAAAUGGAUGAGAGGGAGGAAGAUGCUCAAGUUAAUCUGCAACCAAGUUGGUUCCUCCAAGAAGUUCUUUCACACCGUUUUACCUGAUGAUGAUCCUCAACAAGAGACACCACCAGUUGCUGCUGCUGCUGCUGCUGCUGCUGCCACGACGACUGAUAAGAACAAAAAAGCCUUCUCAAAGAGAAGAAGCAAAUAAGGAUCUCUGCCACAAGUUUUUGCUUCAUAUAAGACAAAAUCCCUGUGGACGGACAAUCGCUUGUUUGUUUUCCUUUGGUAUUUGUUUCUUCUGUGUCCGAGGAAAUGAAUGUGUUUCAAUCUGCCAGAGUGAACACUUUAGUUACUGGUGUAGAAAUUUUUGAGGAAGUCAGGGUUUGUUUUUAUCCUUUUGCUUCGUUCCCUUUGAAUAAAAGAAACAUCAGUUUACAAUGCAA